CAUUGAUUCCGGAAACGUAGUUAAUUUAAGUGCUGUGCUGCCAGUUCGCAUUCAUUUCAUUCGUUGGUCGCUCAUUCCCGACUUAUACUGCGCCGCCAUCUUUCUUUUUCACACAAGUCUUGUUGCAGAAGUUUGAAACUAAAUAAUGGGCACUGUUGAGCGAACUGGUGAUGCCACCUCCGAGGUGGAGUCAGGAGAGGAAGACGAAAUCGUCGGCGGCGGUGAAUUGGCAGCGCAUUUAAUGAGCAGCCGUAUCACCCGCAAUGAAAUGCUAGCCGCCAUAACGAAUCGUCUGCAUGCUGAAGCGAUCGCCUCUCUGCCGCCCAAUGUCCGUCGGAGAAUCAGAGCUCUGAGGUCCUUGCAGAAGGAGUUUGUAGAUAUCGAGGCAAAAUUCUACUCUGAAGUCCAUGCUCUCGAGUGCAAGUAUGAGAAAAUGUAUAAGCCGCUAUUUGAAAAGCGAGCUCAAAUUGUAAAUGGUUCAUAUGAACCUACAGACAACGAGUGCUUGAACCCCUGGCGUGACGACUCUGAGGAGGAGGAAUUGGCAAAGGCUGUGGAGAAGGCGGCCAUCGCUGAGGGGGAUGACAAACACGAAGACAACACACCCGCACAACCUCCGAUGGACCCCAACGUCAAAGGGAUACCAGACUUUUGGUACACCAUCUUCAAAAAUGUGUCCAUGUUGUGCGAAAUGAUGCAAGAACACGAUGAACCUAUAAUUAAAAGCUUACAAGAUAUUAAGGUGCAAAUGCACAACGAUCCCAUUGGGUUCACGCUAGAGUUCCACUUUGCUCCCAACGACUACUUCACGGACACGGUGCUAACAAAAGAGUAUUACAUGAAAUGCAAACCCGAGGAGGACAACCCAUUGGAAUUCGAAGGACCCGAGAUUUAUUCAUGCAAGGGUUGCAAGAUUAAUUGGAAUAAGGGUAAAAAUGUUACCGUGAAGACAAUCAAAAAGAAGCAGAAACACAAGUCCCGUGGCUCGGUGCGUACAGUCACCAAGUCUGUUCAGGCCGACUCCUUCUUCAACUUCUUCGCUCCACCUGUCAUGCCCGAAGAUCCUAACUCCACCCUGGCCUCUGAUACCCAGGCUCUUUUAACGGCGGAUUUCGAGGUCGGUCAUUACAUUCGCGAGCGAGUGGUGUCCCGGGCCGUGCUCCUGUACACUGGCGAGGGCCUGGACGAAGACGACGACGAUGACUAUGAGGAGGAGGAGGAUUCGUAUUCAGACGACGACUCCGGCACCGAGGAGGUUUCCGAUGCCGAGGAUUGAUCGCGCCGCCGCCCCACGUAAUGUCCGACUGUCUCGAUCCUAACGUGUCUUGAAUCAUAUCCCUCUCAUAUCUCUUACCAAAUAUCUCGGUCGCACGGCGGUGACAAGGAUGCUCUAGCGUGGUGUCGCAGGAGACGCUCCGGGCCGAGCCGCGGAGACGCGCUGUCGAUGAUCGAACGUUCUAGAGCUGUCUCCUGUUAGCGAUCCAGUGCUUUUAUAUUUUGGAUAGUCAUUUUAUAAAUUGUUAGUUUUUGAGCUAGACUUAGUUAAGUUGUACUUCUCGCGCUCGUCCCGCCCUAUGCAUGGUUUAUCUUUUCAGUAGAUAAAUAUGUUUUAGCGGCCAUUUUUUAUAUACGGCUCUGUGAGAGCUCCGUUUUUUUUGUCUGUGGGAAGCGAGAAGUGUAAUUGUGCCUUUAUAAUUGUAAUGCAUGUUACAUGUUUUUAUUACGAUACUAUUAUUGCAUUUCUAGUUUAGUUAUACAAUUCUCGUUUUUAUUUAUUAUACAUUAAUAUUAUUGUAAUAGUGUGUAUUUUGUUUACGGAUUUUACGUAUUCGUCUGUGUACUAUUAAAUUUAAUGUGAUAUUUUUAACCUGUUAAGGCUACCGAUGUUUCCUAUUUAACGAAAUUGUAAGUCUGUCAUUCCACUAGGCGGAGAGGCGGCGACGAACCGCGUUCGGUGCUUUCGAAUCUCUAUUAGUGCCAAAUCGAAUUCUAUCAUCGACGGAACAUCAUUUAAUGUGAUCUUCCUCGUGAGUUGUCUGUGACUGUAGCGGAUCGGUCGCUGGUCGGAGAGAGUAGAUUUAUAUUUUUAUUUAUAUAACUAUUAUAUCGCGAGCAUAAUAAUAACCGGCUUCCGGGAGCGGUCGUCGGGCGAGCUUCAUGCUAGCACCGCGUCCAACCGUUGACAUUAAACAAAUUGUAAGCUUUUCA